GCUGAGGUGGGUUUUUUCUAAAGGGGCGUAUUUUUCAAGCCAUCUUGACUGAAUAUUUAGCCUCAUCCAAGGUACAUUAAUUUGAUAUCUUCAGGAUUUCGGUGUCCCUAGUUUGAUGACCACUAUCGUUUGAAAGGUUAAAACCACACCAAUGAAACCGGGUCGAGUUUGUGUGUUUAAGCGCAGUCACGGCGGAGAACGGGAGUGCUGAAGAUGACGCUGUCGCUCCUGAAAUUACCGGCUAGCUAAGCUAACGGCUAGCAUGUCUGCCUUGAUUGUAGUCUGUCAGUAGCUGACAUUUAGCUUGGUGCAGUUUUUCUGUCGGGCACUCGCACUGCAGAGGACGACUGAACAAGGGCGCUAGUGCAAAGUCCCAUGCAGAAGACGAGGAGGUGGGAAUGCGAGGCAGUUGUUAGCAGACUCAGCAUGGGUAGGGGUCGAGGCAGAGGGAGAGGAAGGGGCAGGGGUACAUCUGGCCAGUUGCGGCCCCCCUCCCCUUACAGACUGCAGCUCUCUCCAUCCAGGGAGACUUUGACAUACGCUCAGGCUCAGAAAAUAGUGGAAGUGGACCUAGAUGGAAGACUCCAUCGGAUUAACAUCACAGAUCCUCUGCCAGUUAUCACAGAGGACGAGAUGAUGGCCCAGGACAUUGCAGAGUGCAACAGUAACAAGGAGAACAGUGAGCAGACACAGAGUAAAACCAGGACGUGGAGGAAACCCGCAAACGGCAAAAACAGGAGGAGUGGUAAAAACACAUCAAACCAGAACCAGCGCUCCAGCUCUAAUCAGCACACAGGAUCAGCUUUUUCCUUCCAGCAGCCGGCCCUCCAAACACCUCUGCCUGAGCCGACCUUCCGCGUGCUGAGUUCGGUUUCCCCCACAGAGGCACCUCCUCUCCCGGCAGCCUACUAUCGUUACAUAGAAAAAUCUGGGGAGGAGCAGGACAGCGUGGCAGAGUAUGACAUGGACGAGGAGGACCUCGCCUGGCUGGAGAUGGUGAACCAGAAGAGGGUGUCCGAUGGCCAUGCAUCCGUAUCUCCGGACACUUUUGAGCUGCUCAUCGACCGCCUGGAGAGGGAGUCCAUCUUGGAGUCCCGCAGCCAGGCUCUGUCCCAGAAUGCUGUCGACGAGGAUGCAUUCUGCUGCGUCUGCUUGGAUGACGAAUGUCUGAACAGUAACGUCAUCCUGUUCUGUGACAUCUGUAACCUGGCCGUCCACCAGGAGUGUUACGGUGUGCCCUACGUCCCCGAGGGCCAGUGGCUGUGCCGCUGCUGCCUACAGUCCCCCUCCCGCCCUGUAGACUGUGUUCUCUGUCCCAACCGAGGAGGUGCCUUCAAACAGACAAGUGAUGGGCGUUGGGCCCAUGUUGUCUGUGCCAUAUGGAUCCCAGAAGUUUGCUUUGCCAACACGGUGUUCCUUGAGCCCGUGGAGGGGGUCAGUAACAUCCCUCCCGCUCGUUGGAAGCUCACCUGCUACCUGUGUAAGCAGAAAGGCAGAGGAGCCUCCAUUCAGUGCCACAAAGCCAACUGUUACAGGGCUUUUCACGUCACCUGCGCCCAGAAGGCUGGCUUGUUCAUGAAGAUAGACCCAGUCCGGGAGACAGGUGUUAACGGCACCACCUUCUCCGUGAAGAAGACCGCUUUCUGUGAGCAUCACUCUCCUGUUGGGUCUCGGCGAGACGGGUCUGGAGAUGAGUCGGUGGAAGGGAGGCUCGUGGGGGGCAGGGGUAAUCGGGGUCAGCGGUCUUAUACUCAGAGUCCCCCCUCAUCACCAAACAAGAAAGCUACCAAAGGACAAAAGAAGAAGAAUUCAAAAGGGUCUGGUGGGUCACGUCGCUCCAAUAUUCCUGUGCUGCUGGUGCCUCAGAUCCCGUCGCACAGGCUGAACAAGAUCUGCACAGGAGCUGAAGUCCAGAGAAAGAACCAGUUCAUGCAGCGGCUUCAUAACUACUGGUUGCUGAAACGACAGUCGCGAAAUGGGAUGCCUUUAAUACGGCGGCUUCAUUCCCACCUACAGGCCCACAGGACUGCAGAGCAGAGGGAGCCUGAUGAAAAGCUGAGUGCCGCGCGAGAGGUAUGCUACUAGUUGAGGCAAGACCUGGAAAGAGCGAGACUUUUGGUGGAGCUCAUCCGCAAGAGGGAGCGGCUAAAGAGGAAACAGGUGUGUUUAAAAGGAAGUCUGGGACAAGUUUAUGGACCAAACAUUGAAUGUUUUAAGGAGGUAAGGACCGGAUGGAUCACUGCAUUACAGAUAUUUGAUUUUCUAAAGAAAACAGGGGGAAGAAAGGCUGUAUUUGUCACCAUGUGGUUUGUGGUGUUGCUAGGCCUGACAAAUGGAAAGCACAGCUCUGCAGAACACGAUGAGGACGACUCCAACCUAAGUGUCUCCCCUCCCAAACGCAGUCGGGGUAAACCUGCUUUGGCUAAAGUUCCUAGCAGCGAGAACGGAGACAUCUCCGGAUCUGGAAAGUCUACACUUCUGUCUUUAGAUAGCGAGACCAAACUUGCACCACUGGACCUAGUCUGGGCCAAAUGCAGGGGAUAUCCGUCGUAUCCGGCAAUGAUUGUUGAUCCUGACAUGCCCCAGGAAGGACUUCUCCACAAUGGCAUACCCAUUCCCGUGCCUCCUCUGGAGGUGCUCAAACUUGGUGAAUGGAGGCAAAUGGAGGAAGACCAGAAGCUCUUCUUAGUGCUCUUCUUUGACACCAAAAGAACUUGGCAAUGGCUCCCUCGUAACAAACUACUGCCGCUGGGAAUGGACGACACUGUAGACAAGCUGCGGUUAAUGGAAGGCAAAAAACCCAGCGUUCGCAAGUCUGUGCACACUGCUUAUGACCGAGCUAUGGUACAUUUAAACCACGUGAGAGGAAAUCUUAACUUCACACCCUCCAAUUUUAUAUAAAAUUUAAAAAAUACAAUUUAUAUAAAAUUUAAUUUUAAAGAUUUUAUCAUCUUAAAUAAGCUGCCUGGUUGUGUGUACAAAGCUUCUUCAAUGCUCUUAAAAAAUUUGGGAAAGUAAAACAAACACUUCCCAAUAGGUGUAGUAUUUGAAGGUUAUCUGCAUAAAAAGUUUUUUUAAAACUGAUUUUUGAAAUGAGGAGGGGAAAAAGUGCUUUUUUGUAGAUUUACUUGUUCAUUUAUUUGUGUACGUUUUUUUAAAUUGUUUUCCACAACCACUGUUGCUACGUGUUCAUAUAAAGAUUUUAUUUUAGGCCAAAGUGAGUCGAGACUUUCGUGAGAAAAGUGUAAUUAUUUAAUCGUGAAUGGGAUUUUCUUGAUUGAAAAUAUAUUUAGAUUGUAUUUGCCAUUGAAACGUCACUGUGUAUACUGAAGUGUGAAAGUCCCACUUAACAUUCACGUCAUAUCUGGACUUGGACAGCUAUGGACACGGGUUUGUCUCCAAGAGUUCUCUAUAAUAACAAUAAUAAUAUCAUUUGCAUGUUGUUGUUUGCAUGUUGCAGGUGAUGUAUAAGCUGCUCCUUCAGAUCCUCUGUUUGUUCAGUUACUAUGAGUUUUGUUCCAUUAAUAUUCAGAGAGAUAGACUGGUGCAGUGUUGCUGAAGCUGUCGGUUUAUCAGUGGACCUUCUUUUCCCGCCCUCUUCUACAGCCACAAGCUGCAGGUGGUGAGAUCAAGAUUGUGGAUACAAGUGGUGGUAAAGAGCUUCCUCCGAGGGGUUUUUGGAUCUCUCUUAGCAACAAGGAGAGAAGCUCCUUUAUUCCAGAGGAGGUCGGAGUAGCUUCUUCAUAUUGAAAGGAGCCAGUUGAGGUGGUUCAGGCAUCUGUCAUGACGCCUCCCGGAUGCCUCUUUUGUGAAAUGUUUAGGCCACUUCCAACUGGAAGGAGGACCUGGACACACGAGAGAGAUUAAGAAUGUCUCAGGGUCUCCUUCAGAACAGCUGGGAGUGGGAGGUUGGGGGGAUCUCUGCUUAGACUCGUUUGUCUGACCAAGAUAAGCAGCAAUGCAUGGGAGGAUAAUAUUCAUGGUAUUACAUCAAAGCCGUUACUGCAGGCAUUCACAUUGAAACUAUAUCAGAAGGGGUGCAAAUAACUUUUUCUUUUUUGGUAACAUUUGACUCCGGGACUUUGUUUUUCAUGUGCUCAUGUUUAUUCAGCAGUUCUGGGAAUUACUUGGUGCAUGCACGAUAACCAUGCAUCAUUUGUUCUCUGACUGAUAUUGCUGAGCAUCUGGCUACACCUAAAUGCUGCAGGUAGUUGGAAGUCUCAGUGAGCUCUCUCACUGUAUCCUGUAAUCUUCCAGUCAUUCUUGGAUGUCACUUCAGAGUCACGUCACCUGAGUUGAAUUUUAAAAAAAAAAUGAAAAAGGGAAUUUAUCUGUUAUAACAGCGUUUUAUAUUUGAGCACAAAAUUAAAAGUUUUUUGAAAUAGAUUUUUUUUUUAAAACUUUUUCAGGGAUGAGGCUUAGGCUUUGGAAACGAGCACUAAAAAUAUAUUUUUAUUUUACUAUAUUUUGACAAACAAAUUGAAUUGAGCAUUAAAGGAACAAGUGAUUCCAUUUGCUCCGAGGUCCCAAACUCUCAGUCCAGCUAUGACGUGUCGUUGGUGAGACUUUAGAGUGUUUACUUAAUUUUUCCAUAUUGUGAAACUGUACGGUGAUAUGAGAAUGUCGGCGUACCCGGUGCAGCUACCUGGUUAGUUAGAUGUGAAGUCACUACAGAGGUGAGAUGGUUUGUGGGGGAGGGAGGGGCAAAAAGAAAAAAGUCUACUGCGAUCCUCACUCAAGAAUUUGCACUUGAAUGCAAAUGUGGCUGAGGAAACUUGAAAAGCACAAAUGGUUACUUUUAAGGAUUGGAUUGGUGACUCCUGGAGCCAUAUGUGUGGCAAAACCUUGUGUGUGCGUGCGUGCGUGCGUGAGAGUGUGUGUGUGUGUACAGCUUAUACAUACAUGUAUACAACCUCAGUGUAGUAAAAGUGCAUGUGUAUAGUUUUGUAAAUAUGUAAAUGUAUGUUUAUAUCGGCUUACAUGAAGUAAUUUAAGGAAUGCAAAAAUCGAGUUUAGAUUUUAAUUUAUAAUUUGUGGCAGUUGAGAGUGUUAUUUAAAAAGUUAAAUAUUGAAAAGAUUUAUGUAUGAUGCUACGUAGCUCUUUGUAACAGUGAUGGUAUUCGCCAACAUGUGGAACAUGGAACAUAUUCUCUAAAAGCGAGGAGGCACAAGACCUUAACUCUGUGGGCAGAAGCUGCUGCACCUGCCUGCAAGUUUUGUUCGUUUUUUUUCCCUUGGUGGCACAGGAGAUUUUUGAUCUUGUCAUUUAAAUUGUAUUGCAAGAUCUAUAAUCUGCCCGAGACAAUAUUUUCUCACACAACAAUAAAUGCUGUUUGAAACAG